AGCAUGGCAAGAACUAUUGGGCGCGAAAACAUUGUCUUUGACAACUCUGGAAGUAACCUCAGAGGUAUGAAUAUCCACCAGUCAAGGAAAGUUAUGGCAGAACUAGAUGAAACAUUAAGACGGCGACUAUGUGUACGUUUUGUAGAGUUGUUCGGCGAAGAUACCGAUACCGAAGAAAUGGCGAAAUGCCUGAACAGAGCUGAACCAGAAAAGACAACAAGUCCCUUGCAUUACACCGCAGUUGGCUGGGAUACUGAAGAUGUUCUGGAGUUAACAGCCUCUCCAUUAUGGUCGGGCGACGAACUAGUUGUGCCGCAACCCAAGCGAAGUUGGGAAUGUCCUCCUACGCCACCCCUGGCAAAAAUAUUACUUAGUUCAACACCAGAGGUAUGUGACCCACCAGUUAAGACAAGUAAAGAAAGCAUGGUAGAAAGUCGAGUGGACGUAGACCCAGCGGCACGCCUGCAGCGACAUGGAUACAAUUUGUCGAAGUGGUCGAAAGGUUAAAGGCAUCGGUUUAAGGCCACUCUAGAUGGUGAGGUAUGGUUGGUAAGGAUAAUUAAAAGUGGUGCUAUACGUAUAGAUCCGUUUUCUGAAAGGAAGGAGGGAGUGUAACAACCAAAAUUGUAUCUAUUAAAAAUUUGAUUGCUCCAACGUCGUGGGUAUAGUCACAUAUCACUCAACAGGCAUUACUCACUUGAAUUGAUUAACUCAAAGAUUCCUGUAUUAAAAAAAAAUAAAAUUUGUUAAGUAGUGAUAAAAACAUUAACAAACUAACUCACCGCAAUCCAUUGCCGGCAGUAACAUAAAUUUGCACGGAACAAACUAAUUUUAAAAUAAAUUUUCACUAUCACUUGAAUAAACACGUUGACCAGCACAACAUUUUAUUGGAAAAAACAAAUAAGAUCAAAACAAGAUGUUAAUAACGAGACCUGUCAAACUAAGAAAGCUUUUGCUCAAAGGUGUGGAACGAAAGCAAAGCUCAGUCAAAAACAAUUCCUAACUUCCACAUGAAUUGGAGAUAGAAUUCGCCGUAAAGCGGAAUUUUAACUGGUGCAUUGCAGUGGGAUCAGCUAACGAGCUUUGAUCAAUGGUCGUUGAACUUUAACGUAGCUACAGCUGAUACCGUUGACCGUUGACGAUAUAAAAUUGCGUGCACCAGGAAGAAGGCUUCUUGUUCGGUUUCUACGCAGUGACAUAGCUAUAGUUUAACACUAUCGAUUUCGGUAGCGGAGGUGCAAGUAACUGACUACUGGAUAUUGGAUAAAUAAAAUUUUAUAAAGAGAAUUUAAUAUUAUAUUAU